ACACAUCAGGGUGGUGGGAUACUCACGGCCCGUCUAGAUGUGUAUAACAUUUGCCUCGGCUAUUACAGGCCAAAAAUACCCAUUCAACAAGCUGAUCCCUCAGCCCAUACGAUGACGGCACCAACCAUUCUAAAGCACUUGGUACGCCUUGACAAAAAACGGCGUAUACCUCGGGCAUGCCGUGGACUCUCCUACGCUUGGUGCAGCAGUGGCCGUCUGAGGCGGUCAACUCUAUGCCGGUAAGGAGAGUCCCGAAUGCAAAAGCCGCCGUAUCAACCUUCGCGCGACUUAUCGGGCUCGGCUGCGUCGUACCAUCCGGCGUGGGAUAUAAGCCGACGGCCAAAGGAAUCCAAAUGCUGGACCUAAGGCCGUCGGCUGGACCUCGCGCGGAGCAGGAGCAGCUCAGGCCUAACGUGAUGCGGGUCGUCAUCCGGCUGGCAGCUCUUCUGCAUACGGGCAUAGACAGGGUCUGCCGCAAGCUGGACAAUGCUAGCCUGACGCCGCACCUAGACGAGGUCCAGAAGAUGUGCAGAGGUAUCGGCGCAGCUCUGGUUCGCAAAGGAGCCCUGUGGAUCGCCCUCGGCCUGUUUCAAGAGAAAGUCCACAGUGGGAAACAUGCGCUGAUGGUGUACCUAAUCGACAACACCUUCCAGGUGCUCUAUUCGACUCCGUGGCUUAUGCUCAACACGGCCGCUAUGUACAAGGCGCGAGAAACCACGCUUUUACUCGAAAAGUAUUUCCAGGUGGCCCCGUUUAGAGACGGCCAAGAGCUGAGCGCGACAGGGCUCACGGACGAAGAAGUCAUCUUUAUCGAACGUGAGCUCUUGUCGGCUUUCAGAUACAACCUCGUAACUCUCCCCAGGGACGUACGAUCGCGGCCAUUCGACGUCGCCCCCUUGUCAAACCUCGGCAUCAGCCACAAGGACAGCCACAAGGACAGCCACAAGGAUAUCAUCGGUGUCGAUGAGGUGAGGAAAGAGUACGAAAAGAGCGGCUGCCUUGCCAUGUAUACCGACCUGGAAGCCAAGGGCAACGAGUACGUCGCCAAGAAUGUCAUUGUCUAA